AUGCGCUUCCGCUUCGUGGUGGUGCCGCCCGCCGUGGCCGGCGCCCGGCCGGAGCUGCUGGUCGUGGGGUCGCGGGCCGAGCUGGGGCGCUGGGAGCCGCGCGGAGCCGUGCGCCUGAGGCCGGCGGGCACGGCGGCGGGCGCGGGGGCCCUGGCGCUGCAGGAGCCGGGCCUGUGGCUCGGGGAGGUGGAGCUGGCGCCCGACGAGGCGACGCGGGACGGGGCGGAGCCGGGCCGCCUGGACCCGUUCUGGUACAAGUUCCUGAAGCGCGAGCCGGGGGGCGAGCUCUCCUGGGAAGGCAAUGGGCCUCACCAUGACCGUUGCUGUACUUAUAAUGAAAACAACUUGGUGGAUGGUGUUUACUGUCUCCCAAUAGGACACUGGAUUGAGGCCAGUGGGCACACCAAUGAGAUGAAGCACACAACAGACUUCUAUUUUAAUAUUGCAGGCCACCAAGCCAUGCAUUAUUCAAGAAUUCUACCAAAUAUCUGGCUGGGUAGCUGCCCCCGCCAAGUGGAACAUGUAACCAUCAAACUGAAGCAUGAGUUGGGGAUUACAGCUGUCAUGAAUUUCCAGACUGAAUGGGAUAUUGUCCAGAAUUCCUCAGGCUGUAACUGCUACCCAGAACCCAUGACUCCAGACACUAUGAUUAAGCUGUAUAAGGAACAAGGCAUGGUCUACAUCUGGAUGCCCACACCAGACAUGAGCACUGAAG